GCUUGGAACCGGAAAGUGCGGCGCAGAACAAUUCCUCGGGACUGCGCACGGCUGGCGUCAGAGAUGGCGGAAGUACUUCAUGAGCCCUUGGUGGGCGUGGCGAGGUGGUUGGGACCGCCAAUCGGAAUCAGGUUGUGGGCGGGGUUACGGCUAGUGGCGCGAAAACUUUCCAGUCCUCCCUCGGCGCGCGCCGGGCUUAUGUGGUGUGGCCGGCUGUGCGCGGGGAAGACUAGCUCGGCCUGCGUGCAGCUCCCCGAGGAUCUGAACUGGAAGCAGUGGGAAGUGCAGGGGAGCGGACAGACCUGGCAACUUCGGCGUGAGGCAUUUGCAUGACUUCGUUGUAGAAAGCUGGGAGAAGUUAGAAGAUUAUUUCUGACAAUUGUGUGUUGCGUCAUCCAUUAAAAAGAAUAUAUAUUGAAAAGCCAUGCCAUCCUAUGUCACAAGGCAGAAGACCCGGAAAACUUUCUCAUGGGUUGGCAGGCCAUUGCUGGAUCGAAAACGGUACUAUCAAAUCUACAAAGAAAUAUGCGUGAAAGAUAAUGACUGUUCCACUGAAAUUCACAUCAAGGUUGGACAGUUCGUGUUGAUUAAAGGAAAUUAUAAUGCAAAGCCCUAUAUUGCUAAACUGACUGAAUUAUUUGAAGAUGGAUCUCAAUUUCCUUCCAAGAAAUGUGCUCGAGUGCAGUGGUUUGUCCGAUUCUCUGAGAUCCCUAUCUCUAAAAGGCAUUUAUUAGGCCGGAAGCCUGCUGCCCAGGAGAUAUUCUGGUAUGACUAUUCUGACUGUGAUAACAAUGUUUAUGUGGAGACCAUCAUCGGCCCUGUUCAGGUCGUGGCUUUAGCCCCAGAUGAAGUGUUCCCUAUGGAUCAGAAAAGUGAGGAGACACUGUUUGUGAAACUAUCCUGGAAUACAAAGAAUUUUGAGCCACUGCCACCAGAAGUACUUUCAGCUUUGAAGACGCUAGAGGAUAGCCCUGAGUGCCAAAAGCCUAAGUCACGUCACUCUACCUCCAGAUCUUGCCAGACACCUGCUCCUCCCGUGUCCCCCAAUGCAAAGAAACUGCUCGAACUUGAUGGCUUAGGUUUUCCCAGGAAGCCUAACAUGAGGUUAUCACAGAAGAUCUCUUGUGACUCCUUGGAGCCUCAAAAAAAUUCUAAACGAAAAACAGCCUCCUCUGAGACAGCCUCACCACCUAAAAGGUCUCAGCCUGGUGAAAUCAAGACCUCCUCAGCUUUGAAAACUCUAAGAAAAAAUGGACAGGCUCCUUCCAUUUGUGCCAAACAGAGCAUGACUCUGAGAGCCCAAGGCCCAGCUGAGGUGACUGCCAAGAUUAAUGUGGAGGGGGCCCUUUUCCCUGUCAGGGGCAGGGUGAGGUCUUCCGUGGUGCCCACCGUGAUUCUGACACCAGAGCACAUUAGGAGGGAGACAAAAGGACAAGAAGCUCACAGCCGUAGUUCCCAUCGUGUUCAUAGAAGGAGUUCACUUGUGACUUUGAGUCGGAUUAAGAAGCAGCUUUGGCUUCUAGAUAAAAGUGACCACGAAGAGGAAGAUUUCAUAUCCUCAGCAGAGGUGUCAGACUGCACUAGUGAGGAGGAGGAAGAGGAAGAGGAGGAGGAGGAGGACUCUGUUCCCUCCCUUCGGAGGCAAAAUCCCCAGGGGCAGUCCAGGAACCGGAGAAUGGCCUCAAAGCCAUCACUGCAGAUCCCCUCCAAGACACCAAAGAAAACACCUAGUCGUAGAACACCUCACCACGCCACUCCUCAGAUUCGCCAUAGAAACCUCGCUAUCCAGGAGCCAACUAGCACGCUGGAGGAAGCCCGGCUGAGGCUGCAUGUUUCUGCUGUGCCUGACUCUCUUCCCUGUCGGGAGCAGGAAUUCCAAGACAUCUACAACUUUGUGGAAAGCAAAGUUCUUGAUGGGACUGGAGGGUGUAUGUACAUUUCUGGGGUUCCUGGGACAGGGAAGACGGCCACUGUACACGAGGUCAUGCGCUGUCUGCAGCAAGCAGCCCAAACAAAUGAUGUUCCUCCCUUUGAAUACGUUGAGGUCAAUGGCAUGAAGCUGACAGAACCCCACCAAGUCUAUGUGCAGAUCUUACAGAAGCUGACAGGCCAGAAGGCAACUGCUAACCAUGCGGCAGAGCUGCUGGCGAAGCGAUUCUGCAACCAAGGGUCCCCACAGGAAACCACCGUGCUGCUUGUGGAUGAGCUCGACCUUCUUUGGACUCAGAAACAAGAUGUCAUGUAUAAUCUCUUUGAUUGGCCUACUCACAAAGGAGCCCGACUGGUUGUCCUGGCCAUUGCCAACACCAUGGACCUGCCAGAAAGGAUCAUGAUGAACCGCGUAUCCAGCAGAUUGGGUCUCACCAGGAUGUCCUUCCAGCCCUAUUCUCACAGCCAACUGAAACAGAUUGUAGUGUCCCGACUCAAGCAUUUAAAGGCCUUUGAGGAUGAUGCCAUCCAGUUGGUAGCCAGAAAGGUAGCAGCCCUCUCCGGAGAUGCACGGCGCUGCUUGGACAUCUGCAGGCGUGCCACCGAGAUCUGCGAGCUUUCCCGUCAGCCUGGUGACUCUCCGGGCCUGGUGACUGUGGCCCAUUUAAUGGAGGCUAUAGAUGAAAUGUUCUCCUCACCCUAUAUCACUGCCAUCAAAAACUGUUCCCUCCUGGAGCAGGGCUUCCUGAGAGCCAUUAUUGCAGAAUUCCGUCGAUCUGGACUAGAAGAAGCGACAUUUCAACAGAUCUACAGUCAGCAUGUGGCUCUGUGCAGGAUAGAGGGGCUGCCUUACCCGACCAUGUCAGAGACCAUGGCUGUGUGUUCACGUCUGGGGUCUUGCCGCCUCCUCCUGGUGGAGUCCAGCAGGAGUGACCUUCUCCUUCGAGUGAGGCUCAACGUGAGCCAAGACGAUGUGCUGUAUGCUCUGAAAGAAGCAUGAAGGGCUUCAAGGACUUCUGCUAUUUCCCAAAGAGCC